AUGUCCCUAAAACUUGGAUGCAUCCCAGUUCGUGGCUUCCUUCUCGUCGUAUCAUUUCUCGGAAUGCUCUCUGCACCUUCAUUGCUCCUCGUUAAGCCAUUAUCAACAACUUCUCAUAUCGCUAGUGUCAUCACUUUGGCAUUCAAUGGUUGUCUAUUCGGCGGAGCUCUCAAGUACAACAACAAGGCUCUCAAAUGUUGUCAAAAUGUUCUCGUCUGCUUGAUUGUAUUUUAUUUUAUUCUGCUUUGUUUGACCCCAAUGACUUUUUCGAGAUUUAUGGCUUAUGGAUACGAUCAAUUUCUGAGAUAUGAACCUGUUGAAGACUUGGCGAAUCGUUUGAAAAGGACUGUGGGUGAUGAUGAAUUCUCACACGAGAAAGCCAGAAAGGAAGCGGAGGCGAAAUUCAUAUUGGGAUUGCUCGUGGGAGUCAGCAUUGUGGUUGUGAUCAUCAUCCAUGGAUUAUAUAAUUACAUGCUGGUUGUCAUGGUCCAGCGCCUUCGGAAGUUCAUUGCCACUAGAAGCGAUAAAGAUGGUUUUGAUGGAGUCUAG